UAGGAAGAGCAGAACUGCACAGAUUUUCAGCAGUUUUUUUUCCAGUUGCCUUUAGUAUUUUUACAGUUGUGUUUUUGUAAGUAUUCAAGAGAAACCUCCUGUUUCUACCUUGUUUUCUUUAAACUUCUACUUUCACAAUAUAAGGAAGAAAGAUGUCCAAGACUUCUAAGGUUCUCGGAUAUAAAACCGUAGACGCUUUUAUGGAGGAAUGCCUGAGAGAAAAACCACCUGAGGAAGUUAAAACAUUUUACGCAAACUGGGCUGCUAACUAUGACAAGGAAGUAAACGAAUUUGAUUACAACGGACCCAAAAUAUUUGCAGAAGCUUUCGCAAAACUGAAUGUACCACGAAAUGCCGAAAUCAUAGACAUAGCAGCUGGAACGGGAGCUCUCGGAGAAAAGUUGAAUGCAAUGGGUUACAAGUAUAUCGAUGCUUUGGAUGGAACACCAGAGAUGUUAGAUAUCGCCAGAAAGAAAAAUGUGUACAGAAAUUUCUGCCAGUUCUUCCUGGGGUGUGGUUAUGAGUCGCCAAUCAAAGAUGGUACUUACGACGUAGCGAUAUCGAGUGGAGCAAUCGGACAAGGACAUAUUCCAUACGAUGCUUUUUAUGAAAUUAUUGCAAUGGUAAAACAAGGGGGCUUAAUUUGUUGGCUGACGAUGAACCCUUCUGAAGGAAAAGUUGAGGAAAACUUCAAGACUGUAAUGGCGGACUUAACAAAUAGUGGGAAGUGGAAAAUGUUUCAAGAGCCUAUUCGUACAGAAGAGUUUUUUCAAAAAGAGGCAACUAUGUUUUAUGUUAUGCAAAAAUUGUAACUCAAAUUUUCUAGCUUUCUCAAAACAACUGUUUUAAUAAUAUAAGUUGUAAGAUUACCAGUUUCAUAAAUGCUUUUACAACAAAGAAAACAUAGAAGUUACAAUAA